AUGAAGUUCCACUCUCUUCUCGUCCUGCCAGGUUUGUUACACUUGGCGGCAGCAAGUUGUUCCAAGCAAUGCACCUUCGACAGCAUAGUUCCUUCUACGACACUAACUUGGUGCCCCUGCUAUGAUGGGUUCUUCUGCGCCAAACUUGAUGUCCCUCUUGAUUACCAGAACCCCGAUUUUGCUCGAGCAUCGGUCCCUAUCAUCAAAUAUCCUGCUGCAUCUAACUCCUCUUUUGGACCCUAUCAGGGUAUGGUCCUUCUGAACCCUGGAGGUCCCGGAGGGUCAGGCGUAAACUUGGCUCGUGAAAACGGCACUCUUGUUCAGGCAGUAGUAGGCAACAAUGUCGAUGUUGUCGGCUUCGAUAUUCGAGGCACGUGGCUCAGUGAGCCUGUAGCCAACUGUUCAGGCAAUCUCAAUUUGCGGAGAAACGUGUCCUUGACAUCUCGGUUCGUACCACGGCUCCUCGAUGAGUACUACGAGAGUUACAUUGAGUACGGAAAGGAACUCGGUGCAGAAUGCGAGAAGACCUCGGGGGGUGAAACAGGCGCAGGGCGGUACAUGUCAACUGCAAUCAUAGCACGGGAUAUGCUCAGUAUCGUCGAUGCAUUCGCACAGACAGAUGAUGGCGCAAGGGCCGCGAAGCCUAGCCACCUUCUCAACUACUAUGGAAUCAGCUAUGGUUCGUUCCUUGGGCAGACUUUCGCUUCUAUGUUCCCAGACAGAGUAGGAAACGUCAUUCUAGAUGGUAUCUUGAGUCCAGAGGGUUACCUAGCGAACGGAGUCUCCAAUGGCAUCAACCAUCUUGAUGGGAUCAUAGCCUCGUUCUUCGUCUACUGCCAUGAGGCAGGACAAGCGGCCUGUUCAUAUUAUACUGGUUCUACGCCAAGGGACAUAUAUGAACGGUUUAAUCGGUCAUUCACCCAGCUUGACCCUCAAAAAGCGGAGGCGCUGAACUGGUCCAACGCCACGGACAUUAACCUCGCAUUGCUUACACUGAAAGUUGGACUUUUGACCGCUGCCCAUUCCCCCCUUGAUAUCUUCGGAAUCUUGUCCCCGAUACUCACAGCCCUUGAGGGAGCUCUCUCAACGCAGAGUAUUACAACAUGGACAUCCCAAGUCAUGGCCAUCAUCGGUGACCCUACCGUGGCUGGCUACGAGAACCCCGAAUGGAGCCUGGGUGUUGCAUGCUCUGAUGAGGACAACAGGUGGUACAACAAGACACUCUCCGACAUUAGGCCCCUUCUCGCCGACCUUCAAGAACAAAGCAUCAUUGGUGAGGUUUGGAGCCGUUCAUGGCUUGGGUGCCUUGGCUGGUCGAUCAAAGCGAGCGAGAUAUUCACCGGUCCAUUUGGUGGCGACACCGCAACACCGAUACUUUUUGUCAGCAACACCCAUGACUCGGUAACCCCUAUUGAAAACGCGAUCUCGUCUGCACCGAAGUACAAGAAUGCCCAAAUUCUUACUAUAGAUGGAACUGGACACACAAUGGUUGCCACUCAAAACAAGUGCGCCUUCGCAAAGGUGGCUGCUUAUUUCCAGGCCAACCAAAUGCCUGGAGACGAUUCAUUCUGUCCGCUUGAAGCAGGCCCUUUUGGUAUAGUCCUCAACGGAACUUUACAGGAGAAUAUUGAUCAGGCUGGUCUGUCGGACUUGGUCCACUAA